AUCCAGCCCCAAGCCGACCUGGUGCUGCUCUGGCUCAAUUAGGGUAUUAGGGAAGAAGCAAUUCAGAGAGGGAGAGAGAGAGAGACUCCUCCGGUGCUGCAAACAUGGCGGACGAGGACUUCGACAUGGACGGGGGAUAUGAAGAUGAGCCAAUAGAGCCCGAGCCUGAUGAAGGGGUAGAAGUGGAAGCAGAUAAUGAAAACAAUGAAGACAUUCCUGACCCUCUUUUAGCUGAAAAUGAAGACAAACAAGAACAGGUAGCAGGAGAACGGCCUCGGAAGACGUCAAAAUAUAUGACAAAAUAUGAACGUGCAAGAAUUUUGGGUACUCGAGCACUCCAAAUAAGCAUGAACGCACCUGUGAUGGUUGAAUUAGAAGGUGAAACUGACCCACUUGAGAUUGCAAUGAAGGAGCUCCGAGAGCGGAAGAUUCCCUUCACGAUUCGCCGUUACCUGCCCGAUGGAAGUUACGAGGACUGGGGAGUUGAUGAAUUGAUUGUGGAGGACUCAUGGAAGAGGCAAGUGGGAGGUGAUUAAAACUGCCUGAUCUGUGCUGCUUUUGAUGAAAGAUGGGUUCUUCAUUCUUGAAGGAUGGUGGUGACUGAUGAUGUCUUUAAUGGUGUCGAUUGGGACCUGUUAGCAUGAGUUUUCUGGACAGAUUUUGAGUAUAUGCCGUAUUCCAGCUAAGAGUGUACUGAACUUGUUGGCGUACACUCUUGAAACUAAGUUUUAGUAUAUAUGCAUUUGCAGUUAAAGUUCCUUCUUCUUCUACCUGUGAACUUGAUUCUUUAUGGACUAUGCCUACUUGUUCCUGUGACU